CUCAGUAGCUCAAUCAUCUGCCGCGGAUCCUUUGAAGCAGCAGCCGCACGGAGUGGGCGGGUUUGUGGGCGCGCUGACACUCACAUGGUUAGAGGACAUAGGACGAAGUGAACGACGUUAACUCUUAUAAAACUUUAAUAGCAGUGUAACUAAAUUUUCAAAGCUGCAUUGUCUUAAUGAGGGCACCGCUGUCAGACGGAUGAAUGACCCGGUCUAUUAGAUCUGGUGUUCAUAAACAUCUUUUGUUCGAAGUCCUCAUUUUGUAAAAAUGAGUUUGAAGCACUUUUUUCUGUCAACUUUAACCCUUGGAGUAGUGAGCCUGCUUUGUUGCAUUUACAUACAAUUUAAACACAAUGGCACUCCUUAUGACAUUUUGAACAGAUGGAAGCUACAUUCAAGUUUUCAGGCAGAAACCACUUUCUGGUUUAACAAAGACCUACACAGUUUGAUCAGUACCAGUCAUCACAUUCCAAGUCCAAAGAUUUCUGAUAUAAGCCAAAAUGCAUCACUUCCUGAGAUAUCAGAAAAGACUAAACAACCCGCUGAGCAGCAGCAUUUCACAACAAUGCUUACAUAUAAACCUCCCAAUACUACAUAUUCCAGUGAACUGAAGUGGAAGGAAUUUAAAGAAAGACAGCAGAAACGGAAGAGUUUUCUUUUGAACACCUGCACACUUUAUAACAAUAGCAAAACUCAAAGGAUCUCCCUGUCCCAGAUGGUGUCGAGAAUCUAUGUUGAAGAUAAAUACAAGAUCCUUUACUGUGAAGUUCCUAAAGUUGGUUGUUCCAACUGGAAAAGAAUUCUGAUGGUUCUGAAUGGCAAAGCUCAAUCAGCAACGCAGAUUGUCCACAAGGACGUCCACUAUGGAAAGCAUCUUCAGAGGCUGAGCAGUUUUAAUAUCAGCGGAAUUCAGCAACGCCUUAAUUCUUUUACCAAAAUUAUAGUAGUGCGGGAUCCCAUGGAAAGACUUGUGUCAGCCUUUAGGGACAAAUUUGAACAUCCCAAUUCAUACUACCACCCUCAAUAUGGGAAAAUUAUAAUUAAAAAGUAUAGAAAGAAUGCUACUCAAGAAGCUCUUAACUCUGGAUCUGGUGUGACAUUUAAGGAGUUUGUGCAAUAUAUUUUGGGUUUGUCUCCUGCUGCAAUAAUAGAUACACAUUGGAACACUAUUAACAAGCUCUGCUUCCCCUGCUUUAUAAAUUACGAUUUUAUUGGGAAGUUCGAAACACUGGAAGAUGAUGCCAACUACAUUCUCAGGUCAAUUGGUGCCCCAACAUUUUUGAAGUUCCCUUCUUUUAAAGAUAGACAUCCAACUGAUGAAAAGACUAGUUUUUCAAUAGUUAAAGAAUACAUGUUGCAGUUAUCUGAAAAAGAGAAAAAUUUGCUAUUCUCAUUUUACAGUAUGGAUUAUCUGAUGUUUAACUAUACACUACAUAAUUUCUAGUACUUACAAAAACAAAAAAAGUAAAAGAGAAAAUCUUCUAGGUCAGUUAAAACCAUCAUUACGAAAACAAAGUAAAAACUCGAAAUAUAUUAAGAUUUUCUUCACACAAAUAUUUCAUAUUGUGUAAAAU